CAUAAAGUUCCGUCGUAAAGUUACUGUUAAUUAUUCAUUUGCGUACAUUUAAUGUAUUAGUGAAACUCUUAUUUUCCUAAAAAGUAAAAUGCAACGUGAUCCUAUACUUCCAUGUUUGCCAGGAUUCGAUUUUAAUAAAAAUCUUGGUCGAACAAAGUUUCACAGGAAUCAAUAUUUUGCGAAGAUACACGAUGGAGUUUAUUAUCUGUCGGAAAAAACAGAUACGGGCGACCAUAUCCGCUAUCCAUCGAUUUAUGCUCGUGGAGAAGUUCACGAAUUGCCGUCUUGGAUUGCCUAUGAUGGCCAAAGAUUGAUGUUUAAGGCUUUCUUUCAAGAAACUGUUCAAGAAAGAUGGAAAACAGCUUAUCUGAUUCGUGUUGUAAAUAUUAGCUUUUUCUUAGAAGAUGGAACAAUGAAAAUCUCUGAACCUGUCAUUAACAAUAGCGGUCUUGAACAAGGUGUUCUUCUAAAACGGCAGAGAAUUCCAAUGCCUGAUCCAGUAAGAUACAGAUAUUAUGAUAUCAUUGAUUUAAAUAUUGGCAAAGAACUGGAAAUUUUUGGGAGAGUAUAUAAGGUUGUUGAUUGUGAUCAAUUUACAAGAAGAUUUCUAAAUCGUAUGGGAAUACCAGUACCAGAUCCUAUCAAUAUACCAAAAGAUCCAAAUUCUGAACUGCGAAAAUUCGAAACAUUUGCAAAAAAGCCUAAUCGAAGAAUUGACACACGUGGCGACUUCUUAAAAUACGAUAAACAAGUACUUCGAUUUUAUGGUUAUUGGGAUGAUACACAAAAUCUUUAUGGUAUUAUUCACGAUCUUGAGAUACAUUAUUAUCUCGCUGACGAUACAAUUGAAAUUAAAGAGAAUGUUUCACCAAAUUCUGGACGAGAUUCUGGUUUUAUGUUUUUACGACGAAUGAAGGUUCCUAAGUUGUUUGUUGAGCUCGAACCAAUUGGGGCACAAGAUCGUUUUACCGUUCUAAAUGUCAUGGGAGAAGAUGCAAGCAAUGCUUUUUACACAAUAGAUCCUUUGGUUACUGGUAAAACGUGUAAAGAAUUUUAUAAAAAUAACGAGCUUGGUAUUGGUGCAGAAAUAAAUGUCUUCGGGAGACGAAUUGUUAUAACAGAUAUGGAUGCUUUUACGAAAGAAUAUUACAGGCAAAAAUAUGGUUUGAACGAUUUCACACCUUUGGAAAGACCUCGAAAAAAUGACGAGAUUUGUAGAGAAGUAGAAAAAUAUAUUCCACCUUACAACGGCUUUGGUUCGUACGAAGAUUCCCUUGGAAACUGUUUCAGUGUAUUACCAAAGCCACCGCAAAUAGAUAUUAUUAAAUUUUUACAUUACGAUAAGCAAGGUUUAGAUAGCCACAUUUUGAGAUUCAGAGCGAAACUAAUAUCGGAUAUACCGGAAAAUAAAGAUAGAUCGUUUAUUAUCAGAGUUUUUCUUAUGGACGACACAAUUUCUAUUUUUGAAUUGGGGAAAAGGAAUUCAGGUUUUAAGUCCGGUCUGUUUCAACAGAAAACACAAGUUAUGUUGCCCAAUCAAGAGAUAUUUACAAGUAAGAAACCGAAAUAUUAUAAGUCGGAAGAUUUCUAUGUUGGAGCCCGUAUAAUAUUAAACGGUUUUUGUUUUGAACUUACUUCGGCUGACAUUUAUGCUCUUCGCUACAUGGAAUUACAUUGCGAUAAGUUUCCGAAAGCUAAUGCCAAGUUAAUUAUGGAUAAAUUACGACAAAUUUUAAAACCAGUUUAUAAAGAAUUUAUACAACUUUACACACCUUCGAAAUCAUGUAACGGGGAUUAUCAAGUACUGUCGUAUGAAGAUUUCAGAAAUGCUUUAUACAAAUAUUCUGAAGGAAGAUUGACAGAACAUGAAGUAAUUACAAUCGCUCGACACUUUAUAUGUCCUGAACGAAAAGAAUUAUAUAACCGAGAAUAUAUAAGGAGAUUAAUACAUACAGAAAUUUUGCGAAAUUUGUGGGAUGAUUUUGAUCGUUUACAGGAAGAUUUACAUCAUUGGGAUAGAAAAAAAACAGGAUAUUUAUCUCGUGAUACGAUUUUUGCAGUACUUCGCGGGGCUAGAAUCCCAGCUGAUAUUGAACUUAUAAAUUCCAUGCUCGAUCACAUUCAUAAAAACGAGGAAAAUCAAGUGGACUACAAUGACUUAUUGAAAUUCAUGAACACAAAAAUUGAUCCUGUUCCUCCAGUAGAACCAAUAAACAUCAAGUCGGCACUUUGGUGGGCAUCGGAAAAGGAACCAGAUACUCUAGUUACUAUAAAUUGGUGUGCUUUUCUAAAGGAAUUAGAUAUUAAAGACGAAAAAGAAGAUGAAAGUUAUGAACCUUCAAACAUGAAUAUUUCCAGCAAUCCAUGUAACAAAUUUGUGCAAUGAAUCACUAUUUUUCGGAAA